UGCUAUUGGCUCGAUCCGUCUUGUUACUUGGUUCAUCUCUUGGAUUAAGAGGCUAUAGCGGCUCUUUCUUCAUUUCUUUCAGUGUCACUACAAGCGUUCACUAGCAAAACCCUUGUAAUUUUUAUAUCUCCUGAACUAUCAAAAAUCGCAUAGGGUUUUUUGUAGAUGUAGAUAAAUCUAAUCAUGUAUAACAACGGACAGGAGAUGUGGAACCACAACAGUAAUCCUGCGCCGCCGGGCACGAGCAUUAGCGGCGGAGCAGGAGCGGCGCCGAUUAUGGCUCCGGGGACUAGCGGAGUAGCUCCUCCUGGACCACCGCCUUCAAUUACUCCUUCGUACACUGUUCUUCCGACAGAGGCGCAACUCGACGAGCGAGCGAGAAAAUGGAUGCAACUUAACUCGAAGCGGUAUAGUGAUAAGAGGAAGUUCGGGUUUGUGGAGACGCAGAAGGAGGAUAUGCCUCCUGAGCAUGUACGAAAGAUCAUUCGGGAUCAUGGUGACAUGUCAUCGAAGAAAUUUCGUCACGAUAAGCGUGUCUAUUUAGGAGCUCUUAAGUUUGUUCCGCACGCUGUUUACAAGCUCCUUGAAAACAUGCCCAUGCCGUGGGAACAGGUCCGCGAAGUGAAGAUACUCUACCAUAUUACCGGUGCUAUUACAUUUAUAAAUGAAAUACCGUGGGUUGUUGAACCCAUUUAUCUGGCUCAAUGGGGUUCUAUGUGGAUUAUGAUGCGAAGAGAGAAGAGAGAUCGACGACAUUUCAAAAGAAUGCGUUUUCCUCCUUUUGAUGAUGAAGAACCUCCACUAGAUUAUGCUGAUAAUCUUCUAGAUGUGGAUCCUUUGGAGCCAAUUCAACUGGAGUUGGACGAGGAAGAAGAUUCAGCUGUUUAUACGUGGUUCUAUGACCAUAAGCCUCUCGUGAAAACAAAGCUUAUCAAUGGUCCCAGCUACCGGAAAUGGCAUCUCUCACUUCCAAUUAUGGCAACACUUCAUCGGCUUGCUGGACAGCUGCUCUCUGAUUUAAUUGAUCGCAAUUACUUUUACUUAUUUGACAUGGAGUCAUUUUUUACUGCUAAAGCACUGAACAUGUGUAUACCUGGUGGUCCAAAGUUUGAACCUUUGUAUCGUGACAUGGAGAAGGGAGAUGAGGACUGGAAUGAAUUUAAUGACAUUAACAAGCUUAUUAUCCGCUCACCUCUCAGGACGGAAUACAGGAUUGCAUUCCCUCAUCUGUAUAAUAAUAGGCCCCGGAAAGUGAAGCUCAGUGUAUAUCACACUCCAAUGGUCAUGUAUAUCAAAACCGAGGAUCCAGAUCUUCCUGCUUUCUAUUAUGAUCCUCUAAUUCACCCCAUAACAAGUACCAAUAGGGACCAGAGAGAGAAGAAAAUUUAUGAAGAGGAUGAUGAUGAUUUCCAGUUGCCUGAGGGGGUUGAACCAUUACUAACAAGCACUCCAAUUUACACAGAUACUACUGCUGCGGGAAUUUCACUUUUGUUUGCCCCACGCCCGUUCAACAUGAGAUCUGGUCGGAUGCGGCGUGCUGAAGAUAUACCGCUCGUAUCAGAUUGGUUCAAGGAGCACUGUCCUCCUUCUUAUCCAGUCAAAGUUCGUGUCAGUUACCAGAAAUUGCUGAAAUGUUUUGUGUUGAAUGAGCUGCAUCACAGACCACCUAAGGCUCAAAAGAAGAAGCACCUGUUUAAGUCUCUCCAAGCUACAAAGUUUUUUCAGACUACAGAACUUGAUUGGGCUGAAGCUGGUCUCCAGGUUUGCAAGCAAGGGUACAAUAUGCUGAAUCUGUUGAUCCACAGGAAGAAUCUCAACUACCUCCACCUUGAUUAUAAUUUCAACUUGAAGCCUGUGAAGACCCUCACUACUAAGGAACGUAAAAAAUCACGGUUUGGUAAUGCUUUUCAUCUUUGUCGUGAAAUUUUGCGUUUGACGAAGCUAGUAGUUGAUGCGAAUAUCCAGUUCCGGCUGGGAAAUGUCGAUGCAUUUCAGUUGGCCGACGGAUUGCAAUAUAUCUUUUCACAUGUUGGCCAGUUGACGGGUAUGUACCGUUACAAGUACAGGCUCAUGCGGCAGAUUCGAAUGUGUAAAGACUUGAAGCACUUGAUUUAUUACCGAUUUAAUACUGGGCCGGUGGGGAAAGGGCCUGGAUGUGGUUUCUGGGCCCCUAUGUGGAGGGUGUGGUUGUUUUUUCUUCGUGGCAUAGUACCUCUCCUGGAAAGGUGGUUGGGAAAUUUACUCGCCAGACAGUUUGAAGGACGGCAUUCUAAAGGAGUGGCCAAAACUGUGACAAAGCAGCGUGUUGAAAGCCACUUCGACUUGGAGCUUCGUGCUGCUGUUAUGCAUGAUGUUCUGGAUGCUAUGCCAGAGGGUAUUAAGCAAAAUAAGGCGAGAACUAUCCUGCAGCAUCUGAGUGAAGCAUGGCGCUGUUGGAAAGCAAAUAUUCCGUGGAAGGUACCUGGUUUGCCUGUUCCUAUUGAGAACAUGAUUCUGCGAUAUGUCAAGUCAAAAGCUGAUUGGUGGACAAAUGUUGCUCAUUAUAAUCGUGAGCGUAUCAGGAGAGGAGCAACAGUGGACAAGACAGUUUGUCGAAAGAAUCUUGGACGAUUGACCCGCCUUUGGUUGAAGGCUGAGCAGGAACGCCAACACAACUACUUAAAAGAUGGUCCAUAUGUCACUCCGGAAGAAGCUGUGGCUAUAUAUACAACCACUGUGCAUUGGUUGGAAUCAAGAAAAUUCUCUCCGAUUCCAUUUCCUCCUCUGUCUUACAAGCAUGAUACGAAGCUUCUCAUCCUUGCUCUUGAGAGGUUAAAGGAAUCUUAUAGUGUGGCUGUUAGGUUAAACCAGCUACAAAGAGAAGAAUUGGGUCUUAUUGAACAGGCUUAUGAUAAUCCACAUGAAGCUUUGUCUCGUAUUAAACGUCAUUUGCUUACGCAGCGCGCCUUCAAGGAAGUUGGCAUUGAGUUCAUGGACCUGUACAGUUAUCUAAUACCAGUUUAUGAGAUUGAACCUCUUGAGAAGAUUACUGAUGCAUAUCUUGACCAGUAUCUGUGGUAUGAGGGUGACAAACGCCACCUCUUCCCCAAUUGGAUUAAGCCUGCAGAUUCAGAGCCACCUCCACUGUUGGUCUAUAAAUGGUGUCAGGGCAUAAACAAUUUACAAGACAUUUGGGACACUAGUGAAGGACAGUGUGUUGUGAUGCUUCAGACCAAAUUUGAGAAAUUUUUUGAAAAGAUUGAUCUGACCAUGCUUAACAGGCUUCUGCGUUUGGUUCUUGACCAUAAUAUUGCUGAUUAUGUCACUGCAAAGAACAACGUUGUGUUGUCAUACAAGGACAUGAGCCACACGAACUCAUAUGGGCUCAUACGUGGUCUUCAGUUUGCUUCUUUUGUAGUGCAGUACUAUGGACUCGUCCUUGAUCUUUUACUACUUGGUUUGACUCGAGCCAGUGAAAUCGCUGGUCCACCCCAGAUGCCAAAUGAGUUCAUUACUUAUCAUGAUACUAGAGUAGAAACAAGACAUCCAAUUCGUUUAUACUCCAGAUACAUUGACAAGGUGCAUAUAUUAUUCCGUUUCACCCAUGAAGAGGCUCGGGACCUUAUCCAGCGGUAUCUCACUGAGCAUCCAGAUCCUAACAAUGAAAAUAUGGUUGGUUAUAACAACAAAAAAUGCUGGCCAAGAGAUGCCAGGAUGAGACUUAUGAAGCAUGAUGUCAAUCUUGGUAGAAGUGUUUUCUGGGAUAUGAAGAAUCGUCUUCCUAGAAGCAUUACAACUCUUGAAUGGGAGAACAGCUUUGUAUCUGUCUACAGCAAGGACAACCCAAACUUACUUUUCAGCAUGUGUGGAUUUGAAGUUCGUAUACUGCCUAAGAUUAGAAUGACUCAAGAGGCUUUCAGCAAUACAAGAGAUGGAGUUUGGAAUCUGCAGAAUGAGCAGACAAAAGAACGUACUGCAGUUGCUUUCUUAAGGGUAGAUGAUGAACAUAUGAAGGUGUUUGAGAAUCGUGUAAGACAAAUUCUCAUGUCCUCAGGUUCGACUACAUUCACAAAGAUUGUUAACAAAUGGAAUACAGCACUUAUAGGCCUCAUGACAUAUUUCCGUGAAGCAACUGUUCAUACACAAGAACUGUUGGAUCUGCUGGUAAAAUGUGAAAAUAAAAUACAGACCCGUAUAAAGAUUGGAUUGAACUCAAAGAUGCCUAGCAGGUUCCCUCCUGUUAUCUUUUACACCCCGAAGGAAAUUGGAGGACUUGGAAUGUUGUCAAUGGGUCAUAUAUUGAUUCCCCAGAGUGACCUCCGAUAUAGUAAACAAACAGAUGUUGGCAUAACUCAUUUUAGGAGUGGAAUGAGUCACGAAGAGGACCAGUUGAUUCCAAAUCUGUAUCGUUACAUACAGCCAUGGGAGAGUGAGUUCAUUGAUUCACAACGGGUUUGGGCUGAAUAUGCAUUGAAGCGACAAGAAGCCCAGGCACAAAAUAGGCGUUUAACUCUGGAAGAUUUGGAAGAUUCUUGGGAUCGUGGGAUACCUCGAAUCAAUACCUUGUUUCAGAAGGACCGCCACACUCUUGCAUAUGACAAAGGAUGGAGAGUACGAACAGAUUUUAAGCAGUAUCAAGUUCUGAAACAAAAUCCAUUCUGGUGGACGCACCAGAGGCAUGACGGGAAGUUGUGGAACUUGAAUAACUAUCGAACUGAUGUUAUUCAAGCACUUGGGGGAGUAGAAGGAAUUCUCGAGCAUACACUGUUCAAAGGAACAUACUUUCCUACUUGGGAAGGUCUUUUCUGGGAGAAGGCUUCAGGUUUCGAGGAGUCUAUGAAGUAUAAGAAAUUGACAAAUGCUCAGAGAUCUGGGCUGAAUCAAAUUCCUAAUCGAAGAUUUACCCUUUGGUGGUCACCUACUAUAAAUCGAGCAAAUGUAUAUGUUGGUUUCCAGGUGCAGCUGGAUCUGACCGGGAUAUUUAUGCAUGGAAAGAUACCUACACUAAAGAUAUCUCUGAUUCAGAUAUUCCGUGCUCACUUGUGGCAGAAGAUUCAUGAGAGUGUGGUCAUGGAUCUUUGCCAGGUUUUGGAUCAAGAGCUGGAUGCAUUGGAAAUUGAAACUGUUCAGAAAGAAACGAUCCAUCCAAGGAAGAGUUACAAAAUGAACAGCUCGUGUGCUGAUAUUCUUCUGUUUGCUGCCCAUAGAUGGCCCAUGUCAAAGCCCAGUCUUGUGGCCGAGUCAAAGGAUGUGUUUGACCAAAAGGCAAGCAAUAAAUACUGGAUAGACGUUCAGCUUCGGUGGGGUGAUUAUGACUCCCAUGAUAUUGAGCGAUACACUCGGGCAAAGUUUAUGGAUUACACAACAGAUAACAUGUCUAUCUAUCCAUCACCAACUGGGGUCAUGAUUGGACUUGAUCUUGCUUAUAACCUGCAUUCUGCAUUCGGAAACUGGUUCCCUGGGUCAAAACCACUGCUUGCCCAGGCUAUGAAUAAGAUCAUGAAGUCGAAUCCAGCAUUAUAUGUUCUGAGAGAACGUAUAAGGAAAGGGCUGCAGUUGUAUUCUUCAGAACCUACAGAGCCGUAUUUAUCGUCACAGAACUAUGGGGAGAUAUUCAGCAAUCAGAUUAUCUGGUUUGUUGAUGACACUAAUGUGUACCGUGUCACAAUACACAAGACAUUUGAGGGAAAUCUCACAACAAAACCCAUUAAUGGUGCCAUUUUUAUAUUUAACCCUAGGACGGGCCAGCUUUUUCUAAAGGUCAUUCACACAAGUGUCUGGGCUGGGCAAAAGCGACUUGGCCAGCUGGCGAAGUGGAAAACGGCAGAAGAAGUGGCUGCACUGGUGCGAUCAUUGCCCGUUGAAGAACAGCCUAAGCAAAUCAUAGUUACUCGUAAAGGAAUGUUGGAUCCCUUAGAGGUCCAUUUACUUGAUUUUCCAAAUAUCGUGAUCAAGGGAAGCGAACUACAGUUGCCUUUCCAGGCUUGCUUGAAGAUUGAGAAAUUUGGUGAUCUAAUACUGAAGGCUACAGAACCACAGAUGGUCUUGUUCAAUAUAUAUGAUGAUUGGUUGAAGAGUAUCUCAUCCUACACAGCAUUCUCUAGACUUAUCUUGAUCUUGCGUGCUCUUCAUGUGAACAAUGAGAAGGCUAAGAUGUUGCUGAAGCCUGACAAGACAAUUGUCACUGAGCCCCAUCAUAUCUGGCCAUCUCUAUCAGAUGAACAGUGGAUGAAGGUUGAGGUUGCCCUUAGAGAUCUGAUACUUUCUGACUAUGCCAAGAAGAACAAUGUCAACACAUCUGCUCUGACACAGUCAGAAAUUCGUGAUAUAAUUCUUGGGGCUGAGAUAACUCCGCCAUCGCAGCAGCGACAACAAAUAGCCGAGAUUGAGAAACAGGCAAAGGAGGCUAGUCAGCUUACAGCAGUCACUACAAGGACCACAAAUGUGCAUGGUGAUGAGUUGAUUGUUACCACCACAAGUCCAUAUGAGCAAGCAGCAUAUGGGUCUAAAACUGAUUGGCGUGUUAGAGCAAUAUCUGCUACAAAUCUUCAUCUUCGUGUGAAUCACAUAUAUGUGACCUCAGAAGACGUUAAGGAAACGGGAUACACAUACAUCAUGCCUAAAAAUAUUUUGAAGAAGUUUAUAUGCAUUGCUGAUUUGCGCACUCAAAUUGCUGGAUACAUUUAUGGCAUAAGCCCUCCAGACAAUCCUCAAGUGAAGGAGAUUCGUUGUAUUGCCAUGCCACCACAGUGGGGAACUCAUCAACAGGUUCAUCUUCCAUCAGCUCUACCUGAACACGACUUUCUGAAUGACUUGGAGCCUUUAGGAUGGAUGCAUACACAGCCAAACGAACUUCCCCAGCUGUCUCCGCAGGAUUUAGCCGCUCAUGCUCAGAUCUUGGCAAACAAUAAACAAUGGGAUGGAGAGAAAUGUAUUGUUUUGACCUGCAGUUUUACCCCGGGUUCAUGCUCUUUAACUGCAUAUAAGCUGACCCCAUCAGGAUAUGAAUGGGGGAAAAACAACACAGAUGCUGGAAGCAAUCCCCACGGUUAUCUGCCAACCUACUAUGAGAAAGUUCAGAUGCUUUUGAGUGACCGUUUCCUCGGUUUUUACAUGAUACCUGAUAAUGGUCCUUGGAACUACAAUUUCAUGGGAGUGAAACACACCGCCGGCAUGAAGUAUGGAGUGAAACUCGGGGCGCCUCGUGAAUACUAUCAUGAAGACCAUAGGCCAACACAUUUCCUAGAGUUCAGCAAUUUGGAGGAAGCUGAAACUGCUGAAGGGGACCGAGAAGAUACCUUUACUUGAAAUUUGGCGCAAGGUGUUGCCUUUCCUUAUUAAGUUUUAUCGUUCAUGUAAAUGUUGAGGAAGUGCUAGUACCCUUGUGAUUGACCUAAUCUAGGGCCACUCUCUCUGUACUGUUUUUGAGGGAAAAGAACUGUAUAAUAAUUUUGUAGUACUCCAACAUUAAGGACUGGGAAAUAUAUAUUCUUCCAUUUCAGUACCUCAUGAAUGAACUGAGUUUUUCUGAUAUUUCAAGUGUCCUGCUUCAAGAGUCA